AUGACAUUGAUUCUUUGUCCUUGUAAGUCCCUUCUCUUUCCCAACUCUCCAUUACCUCUUAAUCAUAUCAGAAACUCUUUGUGGAACAAACCACAUGCCAGCCCCAUGAAACUCCCAUCUCCUAAAUUUUGCCCUUUUACGAAUAAAUAUGCAAUUUUGGGUGCUUCCCAUGUUCCACUUUGUUCCAUGAACGAGGAAUUUGUGGUUGAUGAUAGAAUCCAAGAGUUUGAAACGCUGGAGUUGCUGGGCAAACCUUCACUGGUUUCCAUUAGAAAUGGUUCAUCUUCUGAAAUUGAUGUGCACAGGGAGACGGCUUCCGCUGAAGAGGAGGCUUUGGCAUUGACACCCUCUGUGAAGUUUUUAAAGGGAAGUGAUGAUUCUGUGGUGGAGGAGAAGGAAGAUGGUGGGGUGCUGGAAGGUUCUAAGGGAAGCGAGUAUGCGGGCGAUGAGAGUGGAGAAGAUAAGAACUAUACUGAGUACUAUGAGCCCAAACCUGGGGAUUUUGUAGUUGGUGUUGUGGUUUCAGGUAAUGAGAACAAGCUCAAUGUGAAUGUGGGGUCGGAUUUACUGGGUACGAUGUUGACAAAGGAGGUGCUUCCCUUGUAUAGUAAAGAGAUGGAGCACUUGUUGUGUGAUGUGAACAAGGCUAAAGAGGGUUUUAUGGUUGAGGGGAGGAUGGGGAUUGUGAAGAAUGAUGAUGCAAUGAAUGGGAGGCCAGUGCCUGGGGGAGCUGUUGUAGAGAUUGGGACCAUUUUGUUUGCUGAGGUUCUGGGUAGGACACUUGCUGGUAGGCCAUUGCUUUCUAGCAGAAGGCUCUUCCGCGGAAUUGCUUGGCAUCGGCUUAGGCAGAUGAAGCAGCUUGGUGAACCUGUAGAAGUUAGAAUCACUGAGUGGAAUACUAAGGGCCUGCUUACAAGGAUCGAAGGUUUGCGAGCUUUCCUUCCCAAAACUGAGCUUAUGAAAAGAGUAAAUAGCUUUACUGAAUUGAAAGAAAAUGUGAGUUCAAGCCCUAUUGGACGUCGCAUGCAUGUACAAAUUAUUCAAGUAGAUGAAGCUGAUAAAAGUUUGAUACUUAGUGAGAGGGCAGCUUGGGAAAAUCUAUAUCUUCGAGAAGGAACACUUCUUGAUGGGACUGUAAAAAAGAUCCUUCCUUAUGGAGCACAAAUAAGGAUAGGAGAAACAAAUAGAAGCGGAUUGCUACAUGUUUCAGAUAUCACUCGAGCCCGAAUUCCUUCCAUCAGGGACAUACUUUCUGUUGAUGAGAAGGUUAAAGUUCUAGUCGUGAAAUCACACUCUCCUGAUAAAAUUACUUUAAGCCCACUAUAUAAGGACUUGGACUUCACAGGAGUUGUGAAGUUUUACCUUACGGACCUCCAAAACUGCAAGAGGAGUAAUAAUUGGGUGGCUGUCAGAAUUCAGCAAGGGAAGAGGAACAUACUGAGUCAAGGGAGAGCCAAUGCAUUGUUUUAA